AUGCUCAAACACCUCGUCGUUGUCUUUGCCCUCGUGGCCUUUGUGGCCGGAAACCCCAUCAACCAGACAAUGAUGAUCGACUUACGAAUGGAUGGCCGUAUCGUGGGUGGCGAACAGACCACGAUUUACACAGCGCCUUACCAAGUGAGUUUACAGAGAUACGGCAAUCAUUACUGCGGGGGUAGCAUAAUCGGCAGCAAAUGGGUGCUCACCGCCGGUCAUUGCGCAGAAGAGGCUGCCAGAACCUACAAAAUACGAUCGGGCUCUACCACCGCCCAUUUCGGCGGCUCGUUGCAUAACGUCGUAGAAAUUAUUCUUCACGAAUCUUACGACACCACCAAUAACGGCAUCCCGGUGAACGACAUCGCCCUAUUCCGUAUCGCCGACACAUUCCAAUUCGACAAUGCACAAAAAUCAGUGAAACUAUUUCAAGGAAACUCCGCCUCCCUGGCUGGAAAAUAUGCUCUGAUCACCGGCUGGGGAGACACCGAGUCCGGAAAUGCUCCAGAGGCGCUGCACAAGGUCUCUGUUCCUGUGGUCAACACGACGAGCUGCAACGAUGCUUACAGAAGCAUUGGCGGCGUUCCCAAGGGUCAGAUUUGCGCCGGAUACACGCAGGGCGGCAAGGACGCCUGCCAAGGGGACUCCGGCGGCCCCAUGGUCGUCAAUGACCAACUAGUCGGCAUCGUGUCGUGGGGAAUAGGUUGCGGCGGCCGUAAUCAGCCGGGAGUGUAUACGGACGUCUCGUACUACCGGCAAUGGAUCAAACAGAAUAGCGGCAUUUAA